GGGAGGGUGCGGGCGGCCGGGCGGCGGCUGCUGCGGCGGCUGCGGGGCGCCGAGGGGCUGCGGGAGACCUGCCGGCAGUACCCGCUCUCCUGCUGCCUCCUCCUGGGGCUGGGCACCGCCACCCUCCUCCUCAACCGGUAAGCGGGCGGGCGGGGAGCCGGGCGCGGGCGGCGCUGCGCCUUCUCACGCAGCGGCUUUUCCUUCCUGUGUGUCUGUAAGGUAUCUUCAUGUUUUGAUGGUCUUCUGGUCGUUCGUGGCUGGGGUCGUCACCUUCUACUGCUCCUUGGGACCGGACUCCCUCCUGCCCAAUAUUCUGUUCACAAUAAAAUAUAAACCCAAGCAGUUGGAAUUGCCGGAGCUGUUUCCCCACGGUCACAGUUGUGCUGUAUGUGGCAAGGUCAAAUGCAAGAGGCACAGACCUACUUUGCUUCUGGAAAACUAUCAGCCAUGGCUGGAUCUGAAAGUGCCUUCCAAGGUUGAUGCAUCACUUUCAGAGGUGCUUGAGUUGGUGCUGGAAAACUUUAUUUAUCCAUGGUACAGAAAUAUCACUGAUGAUGAGUCCUCAGUGGAUGAACUGAGAGGGACACUACGCUUUUUUGCAUCUGUCUUAGUUCGGAGAAUUCACAAGGUGGACAUUCCAACGGUUGUAACAAAGAAGAUGCUCAAGGCAGCAAUGAAACACAUUGAAGUAAUAGCCAAGGCCAGGCAAAAAGUAAAAAAUGCAGAAUUUUUGCAGCAAGCUGCUUUAGAAGAAUAUGGACCAGAACUGCAUGUUGCUUUGAGAAGCCGAAGAGAUGAACUUCACUACUUAAGAAAACUUACUGAACUUCUUUUUCCUUAUAUUUUGCCCCCAAAGUCAACAGAGUGCAGAUCCCUGGCCCUUCUCAUUAGAGAGAUUCUCCCUGGUUCAGUUUUCCUUCCCUCAAUGGAUUUCUUAGCUGACCCUGAUACUGUCAACCAUUUACUACUGAUCUUCAUUGAUGAUAGUCCACCUGAGAUAGCAACUGAGCCUACUUCUUCAUUGGUUCCAUUCCUUCAGAAAUUUGCCGAGCCAAGAAAUAAAAAGCCAUCUGUACUGAAACUGGAGCUAAAGGAGAUCAGAGAUCAACAGGACCUUUUAUUUAGGUUUAUGAACUUCCUGAAACAGGAAGGGGCUGUCCAUGUGUUGCAGUUCUGCUUGGCUGUGGAGGAAUUCAAUGACCGAAUUUUGAGACCAGAACUAUCAGAUACUGAAAAAAUGUCUCUUCAUGACGAAGUACAGAAAAUUUAUAAAACCUACUGUUUGGAUGAAAGCAUUGACAAGAUUAGAUUUGACCCUUUCAUUGUGGAAGAGAUUCAAAGAAUUGCUGAAGGUCCAUAUAAGGAUGUUGUGAAACUCCAAACUAUGCGGUGUCUUUUUGAAGCUUAUGAGCACGUCCUUUCUCUGCUCGAGAAUGUUUUUACUCCCAUGUUCUGUCACAGUGAUGAGUACUUCAGACACCUUUUAAGAGGAGCAGAGUCACCAACCCGCAACUCGAAGUUUAACAGAAGUAGCCUGAGUUUGGAUGACUUACGGACCACACAGAAGAGAGGAGAAUCAUUUGGAAUCAGCAAAAUAGGGAACAAAAUAAAAGGUGUAUUCAAGAGUUCUGCAAUGGAAGGAGCUAUGUUGCCUAACUAUAACUUAAACGAAGGAGAAGAUGAUUUUAUUGAAGAAGGUGUUAUGGUGAUGGAAGAUGAUUCUCCUGAGGAGGCUGUUACCACCCCAAAUACACCCCGCAACCUUGCUGCAUGGAAAAUCAGCAUCCCAUACGUUGAUUUUUUUGAUGAUCCCUCCUUGGAAAGAAAAGACAGAAAGGAGAGAAUUCCUGUAUUCUGCAUUGAUGUAGAGAGAAAUGAUAGAAGCGCAGUUGGACAUGAACCUGAGCACUGGUCUGUCUACAGGAGGUAUCUUGAAUUCUACGUGCUUGAAUCAAAACUUACAGAAUUUCAUGGUACAUUUCCUGAUGCUCAGCUUCCCUCAAAGAGGAUCAUUGGCCCCAAGAACUAUGAGUUCUUAAAAUCCAAGAGAGAGGAGUUUCAGGAAUAUCUGCAGAAACUUCUGCAACAUCCAGAACUAAGUAACAGCCAGCUUUUAGCUGACUUCCUAUCCCCUAAUGGAGGAGAGACUCAGUUUCUUGAUAAAAUGUUGCCUGAUGUGAAUCUUGGUAAAAUCAUAAAAUCUGUUCCAGGAAAGCUGAUGAAAGAGAAAGGUCAGCAUUUGGAGCCAUUCAUCAUGAAUUUUAUUAACUCCUGUGAAUCUCCCAAGCCUAAACCGAGCAGGCCUGAACUUACCAUUCUGAGUCCCACUUCUGAAAAUAACAAGAAGCUUUUUAAUGAUCUGUUCAAGAAUAAUGCAAACCGGUCUGAGAAUACAGAGAGACGACAAAAUCAGAACUACUUCCUGGAAAUGAUGACUGUAGAAGGAGUCUAUGACUACUUAAUGUAUGUUGGUAGGGUAGUUUUCCACAUUCCUGACUGGCUGCAUCAUCUCUUGAUGGGAGGAAGAAUUCUCUUCAAAAACACGUUGGAAUUGUACACAGACUAUUACUUGCAUAACAAGUUAGAGCAGCUGUUUGAGGAGCACCGGUUGGUUUCUCUGAUAACACUACUGAGAGAUGCUGUGUUCUGUGAGAACACUGAGCCUCGCUCUCUCCAGGACAAACAGAAACGAGCAAAGCAGACUUUUGAAGAAAUGAUGAGAUACAUUCCAGAUUUAAUAGGCAAGUGCCUUGGGGAAGAGGCUAAAUACGAAGGCAUCAGGCUUCUGUUUGAUGGACUGCAGCAACCAGUGCUCAACAAACAGUUAACAUAUGUUCUGCUGGACAUUGGGAUUCAAGAACUCUUUCCAGAGCUGAGUAAGGUAUGUGCUAACUCCAUUUUUCAAGCUGCUGCUGAGUCUGGUCACUGGUGCAUUUUUGCUGUUGUUAUUACUAAUAUUCUUAAUUUUGGAGGAAAUUACAUGUUUUCCAGUAUGUUGAAAUAAUUGAAAUCUGGAUUACAUUUUGGCUAAUUAGCUCUUUCCAAAUCAGCUCAAGCCCAUUUGUUUAGCAUGCAGCAAGUCUGAGUUGCCUUUCAGGAGACUUGGACAGAUCAACCAGCAGUUGGGAUCUCUGUGCCUUUGAUUGAUUUGUCUCCACUCUAUUUUAUUAAUUUUCCAAUUUAGGAAGGGAAUUCUGCGUGCAAAGCUCAGGUG